AUGGCUCCAAAGACUGGGUUCAAAAUCCCUCAACCUUGGGACACAAGUAGACCUAUACUUGAUGAAAAGGAUCCCCUGUUGAUUGAGGCAUAUUUGCGUCACUGCGCGCAGAUCGUAGAGGAUGGUGGCAUCACAGAUGUCAAACAAGCAAAAAGCAUGUACAUUCGUUAUUUGCCGUCGCGGCAAGUGAUGGACGUAUGGGAAGGUCUCGAUACCUAUUCCGACGACACGAAAACUGUCGCGGAGUUCGAGGCCGAAAUAUUAAAAGGAUACCCUGAGGUGUCCAAGCAAAAAACGGGGACCAUGGCAGAUCUAGAUAGACUCUGUCGCGAGAACCGUGGAAUCAAAAUUACGGAUGAGGGAGAUUUGAAGCGUUUCGGCCUUCAAAUGUACAGUCACUACAAGCGACUGUCAGUCCCUCCUGCCAUUAUUACCAACAAAGUCGCGUGUAAACGCUACAUGCGUACUUUGGACUCCGAAUUUAGUACCGUCUUGCAAAAUGCUUUGGCUACAAGUCAAGUAUUCAAUAAGCGCUAUCAAACUCGCGCCGGGAUAGCAAACGCUAAUGUCCCCGCGACUGGAGUCAAUCGGCAGGACGACCCCAUCCAGCUGAAAGAAUUAAUGACAAUGGCGGAAGAAAUGGCGUCGACGUUGAGUAACGAAGACGAAAUUCCCAUAAUCGCGCGGCCUCCCAAGACUGCUUGCAAAGCACCUAUACAGCGGUCGCGGCCAGUAGGCAACAACUCUUCUGUGCCCCACUUUGAAAGUCGCGCACAAGGAGGAGCUGCCGCACGGAACGACGACUGUCGCUACUGUGGACAAACUGGUCACUGGUCGAACGAGUGCCCGCUCAAGAGGUCUCACAUUGAGAAAAACCUUCUCAAAGUCGACACCAAAGGGAUGUGGAGGCUCUUCGACGACAGUUUCCUACCGAAUGGAGAAGGGACUCAGGGACAACGAGUAGAGGCUUACUGGAAGAAGAAGGGCAAGUCCGUCAACUUCCAAGACUCCUACUACUUGGAUCAGUUCGAUAGCCGCGACAAUGAUGAUAUGUCCGACUACCCUGAAGAAGUGGCAGAUGAGAUACGCUCCCUUCGAAGUCAACUCAUCCAAUACGAGAGGAAGUCGUCGCGGCCAACUCCAGAGAGUCGCGCUGAGCCGAAGACUCAAAGAACUGCAUCUGGUUCGACCAGUAAUGCAAUGGAAAGUGCCAUGGGCCAGUUCAUGCAGAAAGCCAUGACCGACGCCAUGGCCGGCUACUUCUACAACAUGAACAGUGGUUAUCCUCAGACUCAGGAGCAGUUCAUUCAAACCCGUCGUGGUGCGAAUAGCCAACCUGAGCGCGACGAUAACAACUCGGCCAAGCCCUCUGAGGACCAUGAUAAACGAGCUGAGCGACGAGAGAAACCGAGAAAACCUGUGACUAUCGAAGAAGUUAGUGAUAGCGACGAUGAUGAGGAAUCAGUGCACGACAACGUCGAAAAGAGAAAGGAACUACCGUUUGAGAAAGUCAAGCCCGUUCUACAAGAACCAGUACAUUCUUCAAAAGCGCGCGUUCCAGAUAAAUACCAGUUGCGUGCACCGAUUCAAAAGAAGGCUGUGGCAGAAGCAGUCUACGACAAAAUGAAAAACGCGUCAGUCGACGUCACUGUGGGUGAACUCCUAGCAGUUUUGGGGACUGUCCGCGACUCCAUUCUGAAGGACUCUUCGAAGAAACAAGUACCGGUUCAGAAGUCCAUGCUUCAAGAAACUGGUCACGUCGUUGAAGACGUUUGGGAUGGAGAACUGAGCUACAACCUAGUCAGUGCUAAGGAAUUGCCCGAGCCUGUGUUCUAUCAUAACACAGUUGAAGGAGAAAUUCCCAUUGGCGCAGUUGUCGCGACGGACCCAUAUGAGAUGUACUUGGAGUCGAUACCCUCUAAUGAGAACCCAAGACAUGUCUAUGUUGGUGAUUCGUCGGCUGCUCUCAGAACAAUAAACGGACGGAUUAACGCGUGUCUCAACGCGGACUGCAUCCUGGACAGUGGAUCCCAGAUUGUAUCGAUGGCUUUCUCAGAAGCCGUCGACGCACAAUUGAGCUGGGACCCAAAAGUCGUCAUCUAUAUGGAAAGUGCAAAUGGAUCUAUCUCUAAGUCACUGGGAUUAGCGAGAAAUGUACCCUUCAGGUUUGGGACCAUCCUGGUCUACCUGCAGGUGCACAUUUUGGAAAGUCCAGCUUAUAAGGUGUUGCUCGGCAGACCGUUUGAUAUCGCGACUGAAAGCAACAUCAAGAACGCGGCCGACGGCAGCCAGAUAAUCACCAUGCGCGAUCCCAAUUUAAAGACACGUUGUGCAAUGGCUACGCAGCCGCGUUGCGCGGAUGACUUGCCGCGUAACACCAAAAACAACGACGGAUCUACCGAGCCCUACAGUUCGUCGAAACCAACGACCAUUCCAGACGAACCGAACCCUGAACGGGAUUUUCAAAGAGCUUCGAGGAAUUGA